GCCGCAAAAAGUGUUCGUCACCAGUCAACCUUGACGGCGCGGCGUGGAGCAGUCUGGGUGUAUAAAGAGAUGCAGUUGUCCAGCCACAGACAGUGUCACCGAGCUCCUCAGCGCAGCACUGCAAACAUGAUCAAGCUCGGCUCAGUGGUGUGUCUUCUUGCCUCGACGACACUUGUUGUUGCUGGAGGACAUGGCGGCGGCCAUGGCGGAAUAAAUUUGGGCGGCGGGGGCGGUCAUGGAGCCGUCUUCUUUGGCGCUGGUGGCCAUGGCGGCGGUUUUGGCGGUGGCCAUGGCGGCGGUUUUGGCGGUGGAUCUGGUGGCGGUGGAUAUGGUGGCGGUGGAUAUGGCGGCUACAGUAGGCCUACUCCAUAUGCCUUCAACUACGGGGUCUCUGCCGGCUACACCAACUUCGGCCAAAGCGAGAAAGGCAACGGCUACGGAGGCGUGAACGGCGGCUACUGGGUCAACCUUCCUGACGGCCGUGUGCAGAGGGUGUCCUACUGGGCUGACGGCAGCGGCUACCACCCGGUGGUGACCUACUCUGGCAAGGCCCACUACCCAGCGAGUUACGGCCACGGUUAUCACUGAUCUAACACUUUACGAGGUCGGGAUUAAUUGUGGUGGAGUUCCUUUUGUAAAUGUGAAGCACAUAAUAAACUAUAGGUUAUA